AUGGCGAUGGUGGCAAAACAAGGGUGGAAUUUACUUACUAAACCAGAUGCAUUGGUAACUAAAUUACUAAAGGCUAGAUACUUUUCUCGGUCAUCUUUUUUUGAUGCUAGUCUUGGGGCUGAAGCUAAUAAUAUCCUUGCUGUCCCUUUAUUAGACAUGAUUCAAGAAGAUCGAUUGAUUUGGAAUGAGGAGAGAGACGGUGUGUACUCGAUUCGAUCCGGGUAUCGUAAGUUGAUGAAAGAUAAGAAAAAUGGGGAAUGGCCGCGGGUCAAAGAACCAUGGGGAAGGAUUUGGAAAAUUCAAGCUCCUCCUAAAGCUAAACAUUUGUUAUGGCGAUUAUGCAAAGAGUGUUUACCUUCUCGGAGGCUCUGGAGGAAGAAAGACUCUUUGAAUGUUAUUCAACCAAGAUUGACUCAAUUUCAUAGCAUUAAAGAGGUGAUUCUUGAUGUCUGUUGCAAUGAAAGUAAUGUGGUAGCAGGAAAAGUGGCAAUGGGUUUAUGGACCUUGUGGAACAAUAGGAAUAAUUUUGUGUGGUAUGACACUAAGAUGACAGCUCGACAGAUUGGCUCUCAAGCAAUAUACCCAUAUGGCGCUGCAGCAACAACAUACAGCAGCUAUGUUUCAACAGUGGCAACCACCAAUACAAGGUUAUUUGAAGUUGCGGGUGGUGCAUUUGAGAUCAUCUUGGGAGAUUCAUUCUUGCAGGCUCAAAUUUUAUCCACGAGAGCCUCAACAGUCAACACAAUUGAAGGAGAGGCUUUAGCGUGGAAAGAAGCUAUUCAUGAAGUGAUUCAAAGAGGAAUUUCUCAUGUUAUCUUUGAAAGUGACUCUAAAGUUGUAGUUGAUGCUAUUGCUUCUAGGAGUGUCGGUACUUAA